AGGUCGGCGCCGCCGGAAGGAAAAGUCGAUUACUGUUAGCGAUGUCUACGGCCGCAGAAUUUAGAGACCAUUUAACCGCUUUUAGUGAAUUAUACGCCUCUUUGGAAGAAAAGGGUCCGCCCAAUCCAGACAACCUUCCAGAAGAUGGAAAACUCAAGUCUGAAGUGAUGGUCAAAGAUAACCGAAGAUAUUAUUUGGACCUCAAGGAGAACAAUAGGGGAAGAUUUCUUCGCGUUAGUACUCCUCUGUCACGUGUCUUGCCUGAAAAACUGACCCCAUUUUGCUAUUGUCUUGACCACAGGUGUCGCAAACCAUCUCAAGAGGAGGUCCGCGAUCGCAGAUUGCGAUACCCGCGCAGGGGAUGA